CAAAAUCAUUUUACAGUAUAUUCUAAAUUCUGAUGCUAAAAGAAGGAGAAUAUGUACUGUGAAUGGAGACUCUGAGAGCCUAGAGUGCAAGGAUUCUGGGUGUAAAAAUGAAAUGCCGGAUACUAGUCUUGAAAAAAUCAAGUCUGAUACCUGUUCAGAAAAGAAUCAUGACCUUUCAUUAGUCAAGUUGACAAGGAAUGGGUUGCUCCUUUUUAUGUUUCCAUGUGGAAAGUCUCCUCCAGUUGUCAAUAUUUUGUUUGACAUUGUCCAGUCACUGGAUUCUCAACGUUCAACCCUGCCACGCUGGUGCAAUCGAAUAUUCCCAAUCCAAGGCACAUGUGUCUUAGACGAGAAAGAACUUCCAUCGAUAGUUUCCAAGCUUGUUAAUGAGUUUAUGAUUGACAACCGAAACAAACUUGGCCAACCUGUUAAGUUUGCAGUUGGAUAUAACAAAAGGGGCAUUGAAGAGUGUGAGAUGAAAAAUACAAAAGGAAACAACAACGAUAAUAGUUCUGCUUUGAUGCACCGCAAUACAUGCUUUAGUGUUGUUGCAGCGAUAGUGAAAGAUAUUGUCCCCAAUUCAGUUGUAGAUCUGAAGCACCCAGAGUUUGCUGUUCUUAUUGAGUUACUACCAAUAUCUGGGAUUCCCGGUGGGUUAUCAGUGGGCGGUGUAUCUGUUCUUCCAAAGGAACUGUUUCGUACAAAACCGCGGCUGACCGUCAAGUCUUUGGUCGUUGAUACAAAGGCAAAGGACGGGAAAACAAGCGAAUAAGGUCAUGUUUUUCAAUUGUUCUAUGAAAAUUUGUCCAUCUUGUGUUGAAGGCGUACUUUUUGGUUCAAUGUAAUCUGGUCCGGUUGAUAAUUAAUUAUCUUAUUUACAAAAAAUAAUUGGACUGCUUUUAAGGCUCUACAAUA